ACGAAGCGAAAGUCGCAGUGAAUUUACAGUGCACAAGAUACGACGUCGUGUAGAUACAAAUCUCCGAAUUCAGAACCGGCAGCAGGAAGCCAUGGCGGAUUCGGAAGGAAUUCUGUUGAGCUCCCUGUCCAAGUCGGGAGUUCCGAUUCCCGACGGCGUCGCCUCCGUCGAAGACCUCACUCCGGCAUCUCUAUUCUCCAUCUGCUCGCACGCACUUCGACUAAUUGAUGCCUCCCGCUAUGCUUCAUUGUAUCCCGCAUCAUUGCCGGAGGAUUCCAUGCCUGAUCAGAUCAAACUCUGCUCUGAACUUGCUAACGCUUUCAACAGCUUAGGAUUCAAACCGGACCUCAGCUUUCACAAGUUCCUAUAUCCAUCCAAAGAGGACUUGUAUAAAAUGGUGAGGUUCCUGGUCGGAAAGGUGUCUGAAUACUCUGGAUCUAUAACAGCUGAUUUAGGAACUGAGAACAAGGGAAGGUGCACCUCAAAGGAGAGAUUUGGUAAUGAGGGAGAAGCUGUGCGAAACGAAGAGAUUCUGACAAAAUUUAACGAUCAUGAAUUGAAGACCCGGGCAAUUGAAUCCUCUUAUAGGAAAACUCAGGAUGAUUUAGAUCAGAAGGCUGCUGAAUGCAAUGCAGUUUUACCAGAAGAAUCUGCAGUGACAGCGGAUGAUCUUGCCCUGAACAAAUGUAGUCUGAUGGAACCUUCAAUUGAAGGGGUUGAAAACCUGGGGAUGAAUAUUUCGCAAGCAGAUUCUCAGAACCCUGAAGUGCUUGAGAAGACAAUUGCAGCAAAAAUUUCAGAAUUGCCGAAUCUUGAUGAGCUGGAGUUAUUAAAAGCUGCAGUAGAAAUGGUAUUUGAUACACAGCAUACUGUUGAAUACCAAAUCGAGCAGCUCAACGAGCAAUUGCAAGCCAAAAGACAAAAACUGAAGGAUUUGGAAUCUGAAUGGUAUGAAACAGAAAAACCUCUGCGAGAGAAAAGGAGAGAUCUUGAGCAAUCGCUUUCACAACUUAAUCCGGAGUUGAGUGGAAAGCUUGCCAGAACAAGAGAAAUGGAAUCGGAAACAGAAUAUCUCAAAGAUGAAAUCAAAAGAAGGGAGGAGGAGCUCUCUAAGCUCUCUAUGGAUCUUGAGAAACAGCCGAAGCAGCAGGCGUCAAGAAGAUCUUACAUUGAGCGAAUCAACGAAAUCACAAAGAAUAGCAGGAAACAAGACAAUGACAUACAGCAGAUUCUGAAAGAUACAAGGGAGCUCCAAUUGGAAAGUAAUACAAUCCAAGAGCGCCUUAAUCGAACAUAUGCAAUAGUUAACGAGACAAUUUUCAGGGAAGCCAAGAAAGAUCCCGUUGCCCGGCAAGCUUACAGGCUCCUCACAGACAUCCAUGAGAGCUUCGAAAAUAUCGCAGAAAAGAUUCUUUCUGCUGACAGAAGCCGAAGGGAGGCUGCUGAAUACGAGGCGAAACUCUCUGUCAUUACUGCCAGAAGCUUCAAUGUUGACAAACUGCAAGCUGAUCUCGACGCCAUCAGAAAAGAAAACGACCUCCUGGAGCAGCGCUUGCAUAACUUGUGAUUCCGUAAGUCGCUUAUUAUUUCAAAUUAUCUUAUGAAACUCACAUUGCUUUAGAAUUCA